UUUAUUGGACUUGAAGGAGUUUUUGUUAUCCUGGAUUAAACAAACAUCGAUUAAAAAUGGACAAUUCUAUGGCACCGCUACAGGAGUUGCUCACUGACAUGGUAGUGCCGACACAGCGUGCCAACAUGAACAUUAAUCCCGAACACAUCACCAUGCUGACCGGAAGUAAAAGCAAAAAACAGCUCAGCCGGAAGCGUGUCAAAGGAAAGAGCUCCACGCUUACGCGCCGCGAAUACGCCAGCCUGGGGCUACACACUUUGCCAACACGACAAAUGCUGUAUGAAGAAGCUUUACCGUUACAUAGACUUUGGAAAGGUUACAUGCGUGAACACUUGGGACUACGUGAGGGUGACAAGGUUCCAGCCGUGCACGAGCCAGGUUACGAUGCAUUCAGUAAAUUGUUGGUAAAAACAGAUCUGCAUGGCGCUAUAUUGCGUGUGGUAGAAUCGAAGUGCGCAACACUUGUGGGGUUGACGGGGAUUGUAGUCUUGGAUACGAAAAAUAUGCUAAAGCUCUUGGGCAAGGACCACCGUAUACGAUCGGUGCCGAAGACUGAAUGCGUUUUUGGUAUGCAUUUUGGGAAUAUGGAAUUUACCAUUUUUGGCAAGCAUCUAGCAUUGCGACCAGCGGAGCGAAGUGUGAAGAAGAUCAAGAAUUUCAUUGAACCUUUUGAGUUGGAAUAAAAGUAAAAUAUCUAGUAUUUAAGAAAUUAGCAAAUAUGAUAUGAAGUUUAAGUAGCAAUAUAGAAUCUUACAGAAAUUGGACGUUGAAAAAUAUUUACUAAAAUACCCCUGCUCCGAAAUUCAUCAAAGCAAAAUAUGAGAUUCUUUUAUUUGCAAACUAUAAUUGAGGGAAAUGCUCAAUUUGCACAACGUAAGUGCCAAAUCGGCAUUUGAACGCAGUUGGGUUACUGAACGUCUCCAUCAAUUAUAGAUUAGAAAUAAAGGAGUGAUGUUGUGAUGAUUUGCUUUUAUGCAUUUUCGAAUAGAAGUAUAUUGCACUCUUAUCUAAUAUUUCAAUUUUCCUACUUAGUGCCGUUUUCUCAAGUAGCUUUUAAAAUUUAUCUGCCUUUCAAACAAUUUUUUUCAGAACAAAAAAGGGCGGAUCAAAUCCAAAACCUACUUUACCUACCUACGGUCCUUACACUAUUACAUUAAAAAAAUACUAAUAAUUAGCUGAUAAAUAUUUAAAAGUUAGCCGAAUUCAAUUGCCUUCAAAGUUAACUUCUGGCUGUAAAACGAGCAGAACUAUAUAGUUCUGUAAUUGAUAAUUUGCGAGCACAAAAAUUUUUUUUCGGAUGAGCUUGUAAAGCCGCGAAAUGAUAAAUUGAUAAGUAUGUAUGUAUGUUUAUAAGGAAGAAAUAUGUACUUACAAGCCUAUCCGAAACAAAUUUUUUGUGCUCGGAGAGGCCGCGAAAUGAUAAAUUGAUAAGUAUGUAUGUAUGUAUGUAUGUUUAUAAGGAGGAUAUAUGUACUUCAAUUUAAUAUUUAACUCUUUUAUUAUUAUUUUUUAUAAUAGGAUGUCCUAUAAUCAAUUAUCAUUUCGCGGCUUUACAAGCCUCUUCGAAACAAAUUUUUUGUGCUCGGAAAUUAUCAAUUACAAGUGCAUUCGUAUUUCAAGUCAUCACUGUUAUUCAGCUGUAGGAUGUGCCUUGCAUAAAUUGUUUUAUUGGCAAUUAGUGACGACGUGCGAAAAGUCAGUUGUACCCUGUGGAAAUCAAUUCAGAAAAUAAUGAACGAGCAGGAGUUGUUAUACAUACAUAUACAUAUGUAUAUGCACCUAUUCAUGUAUAAAAUUAAUUAAAAGUUCAACAG